AACAUCACAUUGCAUGUUAACAGACACAGAGGUGUUUGUCGACUGGGCUUAGCAGAAUUCAUUUCGGUUGUUUUAUGUUUUUUUGUUUUUUGGACUAUUUAAGGGGCAAAUGUUGUUUAAAAAGAGCACAGCUGCUCGUCUUAUGACUGCUUUAGUGUUUGCCCUUUUUCUGCCUCUCUCACACAAAGAACAACUCGCACAAUGAAGAUAACAAGGAAACUCAAGUACAUAAAGUGGACAUUUGUAAAUCUGUGGAUAAUCCAAGAGGAGAAGAGCUAGAAGGGAGGCGCUAAAAGGAAGAGGGAACGGAGGAGGAAAGACUGAAAGGAGUGGGACUGGAAAAAUCGGGGACACAGCAUAAUGCUUUGGAUUUGACUGCAAGAUGUCAAACAUAACCAUGGAAGCAACUGGCAUCCUCCCAGUCCUCAAGAAGAAACUGGCCUUUUUGUCAGGAGGCAAAGAUAGGCGUAGUGGUCUGAUCCUGACUAUCCCUCUGAGUUCAGAUCAGACUAGCAUGGAGGAGCUCAGUGCAACGUUAGACUAUCUGCUCAGCAUCCCCAGUGAGAAGUGCAAGGCUCGGGGUUUCACUGUUAUCGUAGACGGACGAAAGUCUCAGUGGAACAUUGUGAAAACUGUGGUUCUCAUGUUACAGAACGUGAUCCCAGCCGAGGUUUCACUGGUCUGUGUGGUAAAGCCAGACGAGUUCUGGGAUAAAAAGGUUACACACUUCUGUUUCUGGAAGGAGAAAGACCGCCUUGGAUUUGAGGUGAUUCUGGUCUCAGCCAAUAAGCUGACUCGUUACAUUGAGCCCUGUCAGCUAACAGAUGAUUUUGGAGGAAGUCUAGACUACGACCACAAUGACUGGCUCAACAAGAGACUGGUAUUUGAGAAGUUCACCAAGGAGUCGACGUCACUACUGGGUGAACUUUCAAUCAUCAAUGACAGUGAUAUGAGUGGCUCAGUGGACAAAGACAAAUCAGCCGAAUGUGCCCUGUUGCCCUCCUUCGACCCUGAGACUGUUCUUCAGACAGGCCACGAGCUGCUGUCGGAGCUGCAGCAGCGACGCUUUAAUGGGUCGGAAGGAGGAGGAGGACAAGGAGGUCCUGCAUGGUGUCCCAUGGAGGAGGAGCUGCUGGCUCAGCCUCAGGUGAUGAAGCUGCUAGACUCCCUGAGAGAGCAGUACACCAGAUAUCAGGAGCUCUGCAGGCUGCGAAACAAACGCAACCAGUUGGAGGAGAUUCACACCAAGGUCAUGCAGGUGGUGACCUGGUUGCAGGGCCCGGGCUCAGAACUGUUGAAGAACCAUCAGGCAAUCGGAGACUCGAUUCGAGCGGCUCAGGCUCUGCAGCAGAAACACGAGGAGAUUGAGAGCCAACACAGUGAGUGGUUUGCAGUGUACGUGGAGUUAAACCAGCAAAUCGGUGCCUUGCUUAAUGCCGGGGAGGAGGAGGAAGUGGUGGAACUGAAGGCACUCCAGCAGCAGCUCAGUGACGUCUGCUAUCGACAAGCGGCUCAGCUGGAGAACAGACAGAACGUUCUCCAAGCGGCACAGGGUUUUCACAGCACCACACAGGAGUUGUCUCAGCAGCUGGAUGGCCUACUGGGUAUGCUCUGUGCAGAUGUUGCCCCUGCAGAUGGAGCUUCCAUUCAGCAGAACCUAAAGUUACUGGAAGAGAAGCUGCAGACUGUUGAGGCAGGUCUUACUUCUCUGCGUCAGAAGGGGGCAUUGUUGAUGGAGCUGAUGUGUAGCCAGCCUCCCUGGUCCAUGGAGGAGACUGAGAGUCCAGCUGGAGAACAACAAGACAACAUUCAACACAUCCAGGCUGUGAUGGACGAGAUGCAGCUGCGAAAACAAAGGUGUGAAGACAUGGUUGAUGUUAGGAGGCUGAAAAUGCUACAGAUGGUCCAGCUGUUCAAAUGUGAAGAAGAUGCUUUACAGGCAGUGGAAUGGCUCGGUGAGCUUUUGGAUGCUCUGUUAAAAACCCAUGUCAGACUUGGUGAUGACUCUCAAGAGACAAGGACCAUGCUGGAUAAACACAGGAAGUUUGUGGACGUGGCCCAGAGCACUUAUGAUUAUGGCCGUCAGCUGCUGCAGGCCACCGUCGUCCUCUGUCAAUCUUUGCGCUGUACAACACGCUCGUCCGGAGACACGCUGCCCAGACUGAACCGAGUGUGGAAGCAGUUCACUGUCAGUGCAGAUGAGAGACAACAAAGACUAGAGCUGGCUCUGAACUUUCACAUUGCAGCAGAGAAGGUGUUACAACAGGAUUGUGUUGAGGCCGAGUCUCUGGAUGAAGUUGACUCUUCAGGAAAAACGCUCUUGGAUAGACUGACCAUGCCUGUUGUCUUCCCUGAUGGGAGCGAACAGUUCUUCGGUAGUCCCAGUGAUACAGCAGCAGCAGCAGAGGGUGUCAGAGAUCGCCUCCUGCUGGUGGAAGAGCGCAGGCUGCAGCUGCAGGGAAUCGGUCUUCAUAAUGAGGAAGAAGGGGUUGGGCUAAAUGGGCACGAGGCCCGGCUGGAUGUAAUUGGAGAGGAACUGAGUGAGAAAGAAGAGCAAGAUGAAGAAGAGGAGGAAGUAGAGAGAAUGGUGGAGCAGCAGGAGCAGCGAGAUGAGGAGGUGGUGAUGUUGGAGCAACAGGAUGAGGAGUUAGAAAGGUCCACACAAGACUGCUAAGGCAGUCUUAAAUAUUCUUUGUGAAUUAAAGGCUGCUGUUUGAAGUUCUACAGAGACCUCCAGUUUGUUGUUACUGAGCCAUUAAAGCCAUGGGUGAGUUGGUUUUGUCUCUGCAGCUGUAAAUUUACAAACUGCUGCUAUUUAUACAUACUUCACUAAAUUAACCUUCAACCUUGCUGCCUACCCACCCAUCAGGAGGAUUCACGUGUUGAAUGUGGUUUUCUUACUGCUACCCUUUUAAGCAGAGAGUUAUACCAAGUACAUGCCCUGGAAGAGCAUCAACCUCUAAUGUUUUAGCUUCUACCAGCUCCAGUAGAACCAGCUUACCAAUGUUAUCUCGGUAAAAAAACCAAAUGUAAAGUCAUGUAAAUUAAUAACAUCCUUGACGAUUGUUGACUGUAUUAUAACCUUUUUUAGUACAAAUGCUUUCUUCUUCCCAGCAUGCCAUUUGAUGACCUAAGAAAGUGAAGUUUUCAUGCUGCCAUCAUGGAGACUAAAGUUUUAGUCUGUGCCUCCUACAUGUGUCUCGCUUCUUUGUUGCCUCUGGUUACAAGUAAGGAGCUUAGUGUCUCAAAAGAACCUUCAGUGUCUCCAGUAGAACACGCAUGGCCACAGGAAGUGAGAACAGUGUACAUUUUCAGCAGAAGGACUAAAAAAAAGACAUAUAUAGGCUACAAAAGCAAGCUAGCAGUUGACAUGAGGACAGGCCGAGCCUGGACUAACCUUACCAGAUACUAGAGUAGUAUCUAGUGUUGCAUGAACGCUGUAAAAAAAAAACAUCUGUGAGACAAAAGAACUUUCUUUUGUGAAUAAUAAACCUCAAAUUAAAAAAAACAAACAACUGAA